GCAGAGGAAGCGGGAGCGAAGCCCAGGCUCAGCGGGUCGGGUCGGGCCGGGACUCGAACGGGCUUCCCCGAAGUCCCCGCCUGGCGGGCCAGGCGUCCAGGAGGUUUGCCCCCCCCUUUUGCACACGUGUGCCUUCAGAACCGGACAGAGAACCUGUUUGUCUUCUCCAAGACGAUGUUCAAGGGGACUUGGAUUAUCCUCAAGUUCCUUCACGAGCGAUGCAACAGCUUGGAGGUGCUCCUCAACGUCACCUGGUAUCUGCGCAGUUCCCGUUGCCACAACGAGAUCCACAUUGACGAAAACGAAGCGCUGUCUUACCUCAGGAACCACGAGGAUGCCACCAGCACCACAGGGGAUGGCCAGUAUGUUUGGUACAGUGGCCAGAUCAGCUGUGGCUCGCUCCAUGAGCUGCACUUUUCGGAGCUGCCCGAGCCUCGGAGGCUGCGGCCUUUACAAGAUCAGCUGACAGCCGCCAAUCUGGUGAAGAAGACGGAGGCCUCCCAGCUUCCAGGGAGUGAGAAGGGAAAGGAGACGGAACACAGCCCGGCAGCCAAAGCCGGGGAAAAGCCCGAGGAGGCCCACGUCGAGAAACCCAAGGAAGGCCAGGCAGGGCAGCCCUCUCCUGUGGCCGGCAAGAAAGCCAGCAAAGAGGCCAAGAAGAAAACCACUCUGGCACCUCACAGGCGAGAGCCUUCCGCCGUGGCUGCCACCUGGGACGAUGGGCCGUACGUCUUCAUCCUCGGGAUCAAGAGCCCGUCGGCCAACUGGGAGCUGCAGAGUGAGUGGAGCCGGCCGGUCCGACGUUCCACAGCAGACCCAUUGAGAGGGCUCCUGGGGACCUGGGGCCAGUCCUGGGGCUGAAGGGCCACACGGGAU